CGAUAACGAUAUUAAACUUGCUAACAAUUUUCCUUCUAGAAGAAAACAAAAGAAAUUUCUCUGAUUUAACAUUUGCCAAGUGCCACAAAAAAGAGCAUCGAUAAUAAGUCCGAGCAAUGUCGUGGCAAAGUGUCCCCCAAUAUCCACAAUAUCAAGAUCCAAAUCAGCAAUAUAACUAUGGUGGCUAUCCACCCCCGCAGGGAGGUGGUUAUCCUCCGCAGGGAGGUUAUCCUCCACAAGGAGGUUAUCCACCAUAUGGUCAGGGUGCAGCUCAACCGUAUCCCCAAGGACCCUACGGACAGCCUUAUGGCCAAGGACCUCCACCGGGGGGAUAUGCCCCACAACCGGGUUUCGUAAUGCCGCCCCCAUCAUCUGGCUAUGGAGCCUACGAUGAUCCGGAAAGUCAACCAAAGAAUUUCUCCUUUGACGAUCAGAGUAUUCGUCGUGGAUUUAUACGCAAAGUCUAUUUGAUAUUGAUGGGUCAACUAAUGGUGACUUUCGGUGCCGUUGCCCUGUUUGUCUUUCAUCAGGGGACACGCGAUUUCGCAGCUCGCAACUCCUGGCUAUUUUGGGUUGCUUUCGGUGUCAUGUUGGUCACAAUGCUGUGCAUGGCCUGUUGUGAGAGUGUUCGCCGCCAGACGCCAACCAAUUUCAUCUUUUUGGCCAUAUUUACUGCUGCUCAAUCGUUCCUGAUGGGCGUCUCAGCCAGUCGCUAUGCUCCUAAAGAAGUUCUCCUGGCUGUGGGAAUCACGGCCGCAGUUUGCUUAGCCCUCACACUCUUUGCCCUGCAAACGAAAUACGAUUUUACGAUGAUGGGUGGCAUAUUAAUUGCUUGUAUGGUUGUAUUCUUGAUCUUUGGCAUUGUGGCCAUCUUUAUCAAGGGUAAAAUUAUCACACUGGUCUAUGCAUCGAUUGGAGCUCUACUCUUCUCCGUUUAUCUGAUCUAUGACACUCAGCUAAUGAUGGGCGGUGAUCAUAAGUACUCGAUUAGUCCCGAGGAAUACAUUUUCGCUGCUUUGAAUCUCUAUUUGGAUAUUAUCAAUAUAUUCCUUUACAUUCUCACUAUAAUAGGAGCUUCGCGGGAUUAAAAUUUUGUCGGUAAUAGGCCCAUAAUAACACUUUCCUUAACAAAAUGUUGCACGAUCGAAAUUGGAUCGAAACUUUCUUUUUGUUGUUGUCGCAUAGCCUCACACACUCUGAAAUUUCUAAUGUUUAUCCUAUCCGUUUGUUUCCUUAUAUCUAAAGUAUUAUCUUUAAGUCGCAUAUAUGCCUAUAUGUUAUUGUUGAAAAAUCAAAAGAGAAAAAGAGAAACAGCAAAGAAAAUUUUUUUUACUCUUACAUACCUGAGAAUACCAAUUUGUGGAUGAAAACCAAAUAAUAAUAUACCAAUACAAUACAAUAACAAUAAUCAUGAUAUUGUGUAUGAUGAGUAAUUUAAAAUAUAUAUACAACACAUACUUAUAUA